AACAAACGGCGACCCCUCACGGCAACUGGGUCCAGUGGAUCUUGACCGUUCAUUGUUUUAGCGGAAUCCCGUGCUCGGGGAUUUAAAAUGGUGGAAGGCGACGACGAGAUUUUGGGGCUCGAGUUGUUGAUUUCUUCAUAGAUCUUCGAUCCAUCGAGGAAGAUUUCGUCAUGGAUUUGAGUUUAUUUUCGUGGAUUUGGGGGCGGAAACAGCGCGAAGUCCCCAAACUGAACCCAGGGAACUCUUCCUCUCCCUCCUCCGCCGCUGCCGCCGUCGACGCUAGCGGAAAGCGGCUCGACACCUCGCGGUCCCCAUCCGGCGAAACUUGGAGGGCACGGCGGCGGAGGCGGACGGAUCCGAGGGUCGACAAGGAGCACGACGCGGUCAUCGUGCCCCCCGACGGAGGAUGCGUCUCCUGCUCCGACUCCGACGAGGAGGACUGGGCGGUGGGAUGGCUGGAGCCCCACGGGACGGACUUCCGCUCGUCGGAAGACAGCUUCGCCGUGCUGGUGCCGUGCUACGACCGUGCUCCCGGCAAUGACGAUCGCCCCCCUGAACACGGUGGAUUCAUAUCACAGUGGCUCGCACAACAUUCAAGUGAAAGCAAAUUGAGUUCAAUUAGACUUUUUUAGGAUGAUGCAUUUGAUGAUUAAUCAGUAGUAAGAGAAACUGAGUGAGAAAGAUUGAUUAUUUCAUUAUCUCCUUGCUGUACUUUACACAUUUAUAUAUAAAUAAAAUUAAGUGAAUUGAAUUUAAA